GAUGGAGCUGGAGCCGCAGCCGGAGCAUGGCACCGCGGAGGAGCAGCUGCUGCGGGCCCUGAGCGAGCUGUCCCGGGCCGGCAGGACGAUCCUGGCGGGGGCUAAGGCGGACAGCUGCGGAGGAGGAGGAGCAGCAGCUGUCGAAGUGUUGCAAGAGUUUGUUUCUCGGAAGAUAGGACGCAUGGCUGGAAUGAUUCACUUGUAUGUAAACUUUCUCAACAGUUUGCAUGUGCACAAGAGAAGUGAGGCUGAAGACCUAUGGGAGACAUUUUAUCACUCAGCUUCUGUUCGUGAUCAUGUGGAAGAUUUGAUGCAAUUUGAGCUGGAAUGGAACAACUUCCUGAGUGAGGUGGAUGCCAGAUUAAAGACCAACUGUUUCCAUGCCCAGCUGAAGUUGGGAACACAAGUUCCUAUGCACAUGACAUUCACUGAUGUGAGAAGUGGAAGAGAAGUUCGAUUUGAGGAGAUCCUCCAGCAUCGGAAGAAGCUGCUGCUGGUCUUGCUCAGACAUUUUGCCUGAUUACCAUGACGUGAUCAUUUGGCACAGCUUCAGAAGAAUCAGAGCAGUCUGGAUGCUGUGCCACUGAAAGUUUUGGUGAUCUCGUUUGGCUGCCGUGAAGGUGCACUCCAGUGGCUUCAGGAGACUAAGUGUUCCUACGACAUGUUGUUGGAUCCCAGUCGCCAGUUGUAUCAUGCAUUUGGUUUGGGAGCAUCCGUUGAAAAGGUCUGGAAUGUCAGCGUACUUACUUACUACGCCGAACAAAUAGUAUGCAGUCGCUCCUUACCACGGAAAAUGGAAAACAUUGUGGAUGAUCCUCACCAGCUUGGUGGUGACUUCGGUUUGAAUCAAAAUGGGACCGUGAUCUUCUUCCAUCCCAGCAGUAAUCCAACUGACAGACCUGACAUUUCGGAAAUACUGCUUGCCAUGCAAUAAAGCUGCUCGUGUAGCACAGCAAGAAAAUUUUUACUUGGAGAGGGGGAAAGGGUUUUCAUGAUUGUUCACUCCUAAGUUGUAUUUAAUUAAUUAAUUCAAGACAACAGUUAUUUGGCUGACAAAUAAUUAGUGAUAGAUUUGACUGCCUUAAAGGAGCAAGGGUUGUGUUUUGUUCAGGGGUGCAUUUGGCAGUGGGAGAUGGUGGGAUGUGGUUGUGAUCCAUUGACAUCCUAGAGAAAAUUGUGGUCAUUUGAUUUUCAGACAAUUUCACUGGGGCUGAUUCGUGUCAGAAUUUCCUCAUGGUUCUUCGGAAAAUUGACUGGGAUCAAGAAGGGUCAAGAAUUACUUGCUCAUUAUGAUCUUCUGUCUCUUUAAGCAGAACACUGAGAAAAACUGGAGUGGGCCUGAAUAUAGUAUCUGAAUUGAGAUGGGCCAAGCAUUUUGGCAAAAUUGGCUUGGAAAGUUUAAUUGUAUUUUUCUUUGGUUGCUGUUCAUUGAAAAAUUAAAUUAAAUCAUUGUCAAGAAUUUGGUGUUUUUAGUAAGAUGUGCAGAAAGUGGUGAACAGCUCCUAAAUGGUGGUAUAAAGGGUCCUGGCUUCUUUUGUGUGUAUGAAGGCAGUGCUAUCACUCAGGGUGUCUGAAUGGUACUGCUUGAUGUAAUUGUAAAACAGGUCAGCAUGACUCUUUAAAACACGAGGCAUCUACUUACAAGUUCACUCACUGUGAUUGAUAACUUGGCAUUGAAACAAUUCAAUAUUAAAAGGUUGAAUACGUCCUGACUUUAUGACUUGAUUCACUUUGCUGCAGCAAGUCAAAGAUUAUAUCUUC